UGAUUUGGAGAAAGUUCAUUUGUGCUGCUCUUGUAUGAAACACUGUUUUGGCUGUUUUUGAUGCUUUCAAACCAUCUAGAAUAUACAGUGUAUUGUUUUGUUGCUGUUUACAGCUGACAUUUGUGUAAUUUUAUUGCAGCAAUUGUGUUGCUGUAACAUCUCGUCAUGUGGUAGCGUAGUGUUUAGGUUCUGAAGGUUCCCAGGUUCAAGUCCCACUCCUGUCGUAGUACUCUUUAUGAAGGUGGCCCGUUGUGUUCCAGCAUUCCAAGAUGGCGCAACGUGGGCAGGAUGAUCCCGAGCGGUACCUCUUCGUGGACCGGGCAGUGGUCUACAACCCAGCCACGCAGGCUGACUGGACAGCCAAGAAGCUAGUGUGGGUGCCCUCGGAGCGGCACGGGUUCGAAGCGGCCAGCAUACGAGAGGAAAGGGGUGACGAAGUGCUGGUGGAGCUUGCGGAGAAUGGCAAGAGGGCUGUAGUCGGUAAAGAUGACAUCCAGAAGAUGAACCCGCCCAAGUUCAGCAAAGUGGAAGACAUGGCUGAGCUCACCUGCUUGAAUGAGGCCUCUGUGCUGCACAACCUGAAGGAGAGAUACUACUCGGGGCUCAUUUACACAUAUUCUGGACUCUUCUGUGUUGUGAUCAACCCGUACAAGAACCUGCCUAUCUACUCAGAGAACAUCAUUGAAAUGUACCGGGGCAAGAAGAGGCAUGAGAUGCCACCCCACAUCUACGCCAUUUCGGAGACUGCCUACAGGUGCAUGCUCCAAGACCGAGAAGACCAGUCCAUCCUUUGCACAGGGGAGUCGGGGGCUGGAAAAACGGAGAACACCAAGAAGGUCAUCCAGUAUCUGGCACAUGUGGCCUCAUCCCACAAGGGGCGUAAAGACCACAACAUCCCUCAGCCUGAUUCGCCUAAACCAAAACCAGUGAAGCUGCAGGGUGAGUUGGAACGUCAGCUUCUGCAAGCUAAUCCCAUCCUGGAAUCCUUUGGGAAUGCCAAGACGGUGAAGAAUGACAACUCAUCUCGUUUUGGUAAGUUCAUCCGGAUCAACUUUGAUGUAACCGGUUACAUCGUCGGGGCCAACAUUGAAACUUACCUGCUCGAGAAGUCGCGUGCAAUUCGCCAGGCAAAGGAUGAACGCACCUUCCACGUCUUCUACCAGUUGCUGGCUGGAGCUGGAGAACAUCUCAAGUCUGACUUGCUCCUGGAGGGGUUCAACAGCUACCGCUUCCUGUCCAAUGGCAAUAUUCCCAUUCCUGGCCAGCAGGACAAGGACAACUUCCAGGAGACCAUGGAAGCCAUGCAUAUCAUGAGCUUCUCCCAUGAAGAGAUCCUGGCCAUGCUCAAGGUGGUGUCAUCAGUGCUGCAAUUUGGGAACAUUGUCUUCAAGAAGGAGAGGAACACAGAUCAGGCCUCCAUGCCUGAGAACACAGCUGCCCAGAAAUUGUGUCACCUUCUGGGUAUGAACGUUAUGGAGUUUACACGUGCCAUCCUGACCCCACGGAUCAAGGUGGGCCGCGAUUACGUACAGAAGGCACAGACCAAAGAGCAGGCAGACUUUGCAGUGGAGGCCCUAGCAAAGGCCACAUAUGAGCGGCUUUUCCGCUGGCUGGUUCAUCGCAUCAACAAAGCCCUGGACAGGACCAAGCGCCAAGGCGCCUCCUUCAUUGGCAUCCUUGACAUUGCUGGCUUUGAGAUCUUUGAGCUGAACUCAUUUGAACAGCUGUGUAUCAACUAUACCAACGAGAAGCUGCAGCAGCUCUUCAACCACACCAUGUUCAUCCUGGAGCAGGAGGAGUACCAACGGGAGGGCAUUGAGUGGAGCUUCAUCGACUUCGGCCUGGACCUGCAGCCCUGCAUCGACCUCAUAGAACGCCCGACUAACCCUCCUGGCAUCCUUGCCCUCCUUGAUGAGGAGUGUUGGUUCCCCAAGGCCACGGACAAGAGCUUUGUCGAGAAGGUGGUCCAAGAGCUGGGCACCCACCCCAAGUUCCAGAAGCCCCGGCAGCUGAAGGACAAAGCUGACUUCUGCAUCAUCCACUAUGCUGGAAGGGUGGACUACAAGGCUGACGAAUGGCUGAUGAAGAACAUGGAUCCCCUGAAUGACAAUGUGGCCACACUCCUGCAUCAGUCCACUGACAAGUUCGUGGCUGAGCUCUGGAAAGACGUGGAUCGUAUUGUGGGCCUGGACCAGGUGGCUGGAAUGAAUGAGACCACCUUUGGCUCAGCCUACAAGACUAAGAAGGGCAUGUUCCGCACGGUGGGCCAACUGUACAAGGAGUCGCUCACCAAGCUGAUGGCCACCCUGAGAAACACCAAUCCCAACUUUGUCCGUUGUAUCAUCCCUAAUCACGAGAAGAGAGCAGGAAAGCUGGACCCCCACUUGGUUCUGGACCAGCUGAGGUGUAACGGUGUCCUAGAGGGAAUCCGCAUCUGCAGGCAGGGUUUCCCCAACCGCAUCGUCUUCCAGGAGUUCAGGCAGAGAUAUGAGAUCUUGACCCCAAAUGCAAUCCCUAAGGGCUUCAUGGAUGGAAAGCAAGCCUGUGAGAGGAUGAUCCAAGCCCUGGAGCUGGACCCUAACCUCUUCCGAAUCGGCCAGAGCAAGAUCUUUUUCAGGGCUGGGGUCCUGGCUCACCUGGAAGAAGAGAGAGACCUGAAGAUCACCGAUAUCAUUAUUUAUUUCCAGGCCAUGUGCCGCGGCUACUUAGCUCGCAAGGCAUUUGCCAAGAAGCAACAGCAGCUCAGUGCCCUCAAAGUCCUACAGAGGAACUGUGCUGCCUACCUGAAGCUGCGUCACUGGCAGUGGUGGAGGCUCUUCACAAAGGUGAAGCCCCUUCUGCAGGUGACACGGCAGGAAGAGGAGCUACAGGCCAAGGAUGAGGAGCUGUCCAAAGUGAAGGAGAAGCAGACUAAAGUGGAGAGUGAGUUGGCUGAAAUGGAGAGGAAACAUCAGCAGCUUCUGGAAGAGAAGAAUAUCCUAGCAGAGCAGCUACAGGCAGAGACAGAGCUUUGUGCAGAAGCUGAGGAGAUGCGAGCACGCCUUGCUGCCAAGAAACAAGAAUUGGAGGAAAUCCUGCACGACCUAGAAGCCCGUGUAGAGGAAGAGGAGGAGAGAAAUCAGACCCUGCAAAAUGAAAAGAAGAAGAUGCAGUCUCACAUCCAGGACUUGGAAGAGCAGUUGGAUGAGGAAGAAGGUGCUAGACAGAAGCUUCAGCUGGAGAAGGUGACAGCUGAGGCAAAAAUUAAGAAGAUGGAGGAGGACAUCCUGCUUCUGGAGGACCAAAACUCCAAGUUUCUGAAGGAGAAAAAGUUGCUUGACGAUCGUGUGGCUGAGAUCACCACGCAGCUUGCAGAGGAAGAGGAGAAAGCCAAAAAUCUUGGAAAAAUAAAAAACAAGCAAGAAGUGAUGAUCGUGGACCUGGAAGAGCGCUUGAAAAAAGAGGAGAAAACUCGCCAGGAGCUGGAGAAGGCCAAGCGGAAACUCGACAGCGAAACGUCUGACCUCCAGGACCAGAUUGCAGAGCUGCAAGCCCAGAUAGAUGAGCUGAAGACCCAGCUGGCUAAAAAGGAAGAGGAGCUGCAGGCUGCUCAGACCAGGAAUGAUGAGGAGGUGGCCCAGAAGAACAACGCUCUGAAGCAGGUGCGGGAGCUGCAGGCCCAGCUGGCCGAGCUGCAGGAGGACCUGGAGUCAGAGAGGCUGGCUAGAACCAAGGCUGAGAAGCUGAAGAGAGACCUGAGCGAGGAGCUGGAAGCUUUGAAGACGGAGCUGGAGGAUACCCUGGACACCACUGCAGCACAGCAAGAGCUGAGGACCAAGCGUGAGCAGGAGGUGGCUGAACUGAAGAAGGCCAUUGAUGAGGAGACCAGGAAUCACGAGUCCCAGAUUCAGGACAUGCGUCAACGACACUCCACUGCCCUGGAGGAGCUGUCUGAACAGCUGGAACAGACCAAGCGGUUCAAGUCAAACCUAGAAAAGUGCAAGCAGUCUCAAGAGAACACAAACAGAGAGCUUGCAAACGAGGUGAAGGGGCUGCAGCAGGUCAAGGUUGACUUGGAGCACAAGAGGAAGAAGCUGGAGAUGCAGGUCCAAGAGCUCACAGCUCGGGUGACGGAGGGAGAGAAGUCAAAGAGUGAGCUGGCUGACCGUUCCCACAAGCUGCAGACAGAACUGGACAAUGUCUCUACGCUGCUGGAGGAUGCAGAAAAGAAAGGAAUCAAACUGGCCAAAGAUGUUGCUAGCUUGGAGAGUCAAUUGCAGGACACACAGGAGCUGCUUCAGGAGGAGACAAGGCAGAAGUUGAACCUGAGCAGCCGAGUCCGCCAGCUGGAGGAGGAAAAAAAUGGUCUACAAGAGCAGCAAGAGGAGGAGGAAGAAGCACGCAGAAACCUGGAGAAGCAGCUGGCCACCCUGCAGGCCCAGCUUGUUGAGACAAAAAAAAAGCUGGAAGAUGAUGUUGGUACAAUGGAGGGACUGGAAGAAGCAAAGAAGAAGCUGCAGAAGGACAUGGAGUGUACUGCUCAAAGGCUGGAGGAGAAAGCCUUGGCAUUUGAUAAACUGGAGAAAACAAAGAAUCGACUGCAACAGGAGCUGGAUGACCUAAUGGUAGACUUGGACCACCAAAGACAGAUUGUCUCAAACCUGGAGAAGAAGCAAAAGAAAUUUGACCAGAUGCUGGCAGAAGAGAAGAACAUAUCAGCACGCUUUGCCGAAGAGCGGGAUCGAGCAGAAGCGGAGGCUCGGGAGAAGGAGACUAAGGCGCUGUCCCUGGCCCGUGCAUUGGAUGAGGCCCUGGAGGCCAAGGAGGAGCUUGAGAGGGUCAAUAAGCAGUUACGUGGAGAAAUGGAGGACCUCAUGAGCUCCAAGGACGACGUGGGCAAAAAUGUUCAUGAGCUGGAGAAGUCCAAGAGAGGCAUGGAGCAGCAGCUGGAAGAGAUGAAGACCCAGCUGGAGGAGCUGGAGGAUGAGCUGCAGGCCACAGAAGAUGCCAAGCUGAGGCUGGAGGUCAACAUGCAGGCCAUGAAGGCCCAGUUUGAGCGUGACCUGCAGGCCCGUGAUGAGCAGAACGAAGAGAAGAAGAGGCAGCUGGUCAAGCAGGUACGGGAAAUGGAGGCCGAAUUGGAAGAUGAACGCAAGCAAAGAGCUUUGGCCAUUGCAGCCAAAAAGAAGAUGGAGAUGGACCUCAAAGACCUGGAAGCUCAAAUUGAAGCAGCCAACAAGGCCCGUGAUGAAGCCAUUAAGCAGCUGCGCAAACUCCAGGCUCAGAUGAAGGACUACCAGAGAGAGCUGGAGGAGGCCCGUGCUUCCCGUGAUGAGAUUUUUGCCCAAUCUAAGGAAAAUGAGAAGAAACUUAAGAGCUUGGAAGCAGAGAUUCUUCAGCUACAGGAGGAUCUAGCAGCUUCAGAAAGAGCUCGGCGGCAUGCUGAACAAGAGCGUGACGAACUAGCAGAUGAGAUCUCCAAUAGUGCCUCGGGAAAGUCAGCUCUGCUGGAGGAGAAACGAAGGCUGGAGGCCCGCAUUGCCCAGCUGGAAGAGGAGCUGGAGGAGGAACAGAGCAACAUGGAACUUCUCAACGACCGUUUCCGUAAGACCACCAUGCAGGUGGACGGCCUCACCUUGGAGCUGUCAGGGGAGCGUAGCGCAGCUCAGAAGAGCGAGAAUGCCCGGCAGCAGCUGGAGCGCCAGAAUAAGGAGCUGAAGGCUAAGCUACAGGAACUGGAGGGUUCGGUUAAGUCCAAAUUCAAGGCCGCUAUUACUGCGCUAGAGGCUAAGAUCAUACAGUUGGAGGAACAAUUGGAACAGGAGGCCAAGGAGAGAGCAGCUGCCAACAAGAUUGUGCGUCGCACAGAGAAGAAGCUGAAGGAGGUGUUCAUGCAGGUUGAGGAUGAGCGUCGCCAUGCCGACCAGUACAAAGAGCAGAUGGAGAAAGCCAACUCCAGGAUGAAACAGCUGAAGAGACAGCUGGAGGAGGCUGAGGAGGAGGCCCAGAGGGCCAACGCCAACCGCAGAAAGCUGCAGAGGGAGCUGGAGGAUGCCACAGAGGCUAGCGAGGGUCUGAGCCGUGAAGUCAACACGUUGAAGAGUCGCCUCAGGCGAGGGGGACCAAUCAGCUUCUCCUCCAGUCGCUCUGGCCGCCGACAGCUACCAGUAGAGGGUGCUUCCCUUGAGCUGUCUGACGACGACGGCGGCGGCGUCAGCGAAAGCAAGCCUGCUGAGACGAACGAGACAUCUCCACCUCCCCAGCCAGAGUAGAAGCCUUUUCCAGAAGCAGCACGCAGAGUUGCUCCGCCCAGCCUAUCCCAGAACCGCUUUCCUAUUCUGCCCCCCCCCCCCAGUUCCCCCUGCAGGUAGGCCAGUGCUACUGCUCAAGUGAAGUCCUCCAGCCAUCAAGGAGGCACCACCACCUUACCCUGCCAAAACUGCAAGGCUAAGAAAAUCAUUGAACUCUUGUCUUAAUAUAACUCUAGCCUUGAUAUAAUGUACUAUGCUUUCUGUAUGAAUAGAUUCAAGUGCAUUUUACAUGUACCAUAUGUGGUCGGGUGGGUGUGCGUGUGUGUGUAUGUGUGUAUAUAUAUGUACACAUACACACAACCACACAUGCAUUGAAAGACAGAGUAAAGGGGUAAGUCGCUUUCUCAAUGAUAAUUAAAUUAAAGCCAUUUCCUAAAUACACCUGUUGCACAACCUGCCCCUUUAUUAAACAGUAUUCUUAUAUUAGGGGAAUCUUCAGUCAUUGUUAUCACAUGUGACUUUCUGUGUUCACCAUUAUGCUUUGCUAAAAAUAUAAUUACACAAAAAAGAGCCGUUUGAAGUUUCUGUAGAGUCAGACGUGAACUGGAGUAAACUAGACUGUGAAAAAGCUAAUUUCAAGGGAUUUUCAUAGUAAAAGGACAAAAUUGCAGGGAUGCUAAUUCAGGAAAGUUAUUUAUAAGGUAUACAUACUCCAUUUUCUAAAUUUAAAGAAGAUAAAGCAGCAGGAAAGAAACAGUUGAGUAAUAAGGAGUAUAGGUGAGGUGCACAGACAACUGAAAACUGGACUCCCUAAUAAAAUGUGUUCUUGUUCUCUGUAUAUUCAUACAUAUGGCAAAAUUAAGUUCAGUCAGUUAGUUUAAGUUAGUGUUGGUAAUAGUUUAAUGCUGUGACAAACAAAAUGGUCUGAUAAUGAAAUGUAUAAGCAGGUGAAAUUGUAAAAAAAUGUUGCUUGGCAACAAUGUGUUCCAGAAGGAUUCAGAGAAUGUCACAGAAUAUGAAGUUGAGCAGUGUGGAGAUUUCCAUACCUCCAUAAUUCCACGAUCAACAUAUUUAUCACUUUCAUUCUUUAUUCCUUUUUUUUGAGUAUUACAAAGUGGGAAAUGUGUGAAACACUAAGCUCUUAUUAUUCACAUAUACAGAAAUGUUUCCUUAAAGUGCCUUAGACACUAAUAAGAAAGCAUUGGUGGAAGAUGUGUGUAUGCACUCAAAUUACAUGCAUGCCCACACAAAGAUACAUAUGUUUAUUACAUGUUCAUUUACUUGUAACGAUGACUGAAGGUGAAACAAUGUCCAUAUUAUUUGUCUUUAUUUAGCUGUGCUUUGAAUCAUACGGUAUGUACCCGUUCCUGCUAGGCCGUAGCUUCUCCCUCCUGGUCCUGGAGGCCAGCAGAGUGUAGGCUUUGAUUCUGCCAGAAAACUUCAACAUUUUGAUUUAUCGCUUUCCUAAUUUAACACAUUUUGAGGUCUGUCAGUAUUGAGGCUGUGAAGACACCUGGUAGACAGAAAGGUCUAAGGCCCUCAAGGACCAGGAGUGAAGGCCCAAGUAUAAGUAAGAGCAUGUGGGUUUGGAUCGGUGUUCUUACCUCUGAAAUGUUGAAUCUUCUGCCGUUUGGUUAAAAGCUUUAACAUCCAUGAGGCAGUUAUUACACGUAUGCUGAACUGGCUGUUGACAACCAGGCUUUGGACUGCAGACAUUCUAGGUUAUUUCUUGUACACCUGUAU